AUGGCGCACUACAGACUUUUCCACAGCGCGUUGGCUCUGUUCUUUAUGUGCGUGUUUUUGGACGUGGGGAUAUUUCGGGUGAAUGGGCAGUACGGCGGCGAUAGGGGAAUGUCUAUCCCGGAUCACGGCUUCUGUCAGCCCAUCUCCAUUCCCCUCUGCACGGACAUAGCAUACAACGAGACUAUCAUGCCAAACCUGCUCGGACACACGAACCAGGACGACGCGGGGCUGGAGGUGCACCAGUUCUACCCUCUGGUCAAAGUGCAGUGCUCCCCGGAUUUAAAGUUCUUCCUCUGCUCAAUGUACGCGCCGGUGUGCACGGUCUUGGAGCAGGCUUUGCCCCCGUGUCGCUCCCUCUGUGAGCGCGCACGUCAGGGAUGCGAGGCUCUCAUGAAUAAGUUCGGUUUCCAGUGGCCCGACAGCUUGGCGUGCGAGAGCUUCCCAGUCCAAGGAGCUGGGGCGCUGUGCGUGGGGCAGAACAUGUCAGACCACACGGACGAUCCCCCGCAGUACACCACCGAACGCGCUCCCUCCGUCUCCCCCACGGGUCACUUCAGAUGCCCGGCUUCCCUCAAAGUGCCACACUAUCUGAACUACCGCUUCUUGGGCCAAGACAACUGCGCAGCGCCCUGUGAACCCAAACGUCCCCAUGGGAUGAUGUACUUUUCGGAAGAGGAGAUGAAAUUCGCGCGCAUAUGGAUUGGAAUCUGGUCUGUUUUGUGCUGCGCGUCCACCCUAUUCACAGUCCUGACCUAUCUAGUGGACAUGAAGCGUUUCAGUUACCCAGAACGCCCCAUUGUUUUCCUAUCUGGCUGCUACACUAUGGUCUCCGUGGCCUACAUAGCUGGAUUUCUACUGGAAGACAAAGUGGUGUGCAAUGGUCACUUUGAGAAUGACAUGAAAACUGUUGUGCAAGGGACCAAGAAGGAGGGCUGUACCAUUUUGUUCAUGAUGCUGUACUUUUUCAGCAUGGCCAGCUCCAUUUGGUGGGUGAUCCUGGCCCUCACCUGGUUCCUGGCAGCUGGUAUGAAGUGGGGUCAUGAGGCUAUUGAGGCCAACUCCCAAUAUUUCCACUUGGCGGCUUGGGCUGUGCCAGCGAUCAAAACCAUCACCAUAUUGGCAGUUGGACAAGUGGAUGGGGAUGUGUUAAGUGGCGUUUGUUUUGUUGGCAUAAACAGCGUAGAUGCUUUAAGAGGGUUCGUCCUUGCUCCCUUGUUUGUCUAUCUGUUUAUUGGCACCUCCUUCCUGCUGGCUGGAUUUGUUUCACUGUUCCGGAUCCGCACCAUAAUGAAGCACGAUGGCACCAAGACAGAAAAACUUGAAAAGCUAAUGGUGCGAAUAGGGAUUUUUAGUGUCUUAUAUACGGUCCCGGCUACAAUAGUGAUAGCGUGUUACUUCUAUGAGCAGGCCUUCAGAGAGCAGUGGGAGAAGACGUGGAUUAGUCAAACGUGUAAGACCUAUGCUGUGCCGUGUCCUGCCCACGGUAACCCCAACAUGAGCCCAGACUUUACUGUCUUCAUGAUAAAGUACCUCAUGACUCUGAUUGUGGGGAUCACCUCCGGCUUCUGGAUCUGGUCUGGGAAAACGCUAAACUCAUGGAGGAGAUUUUACACGAGACUGGCAAACAGUAAACAAGGAGAGACCACUGUGUAG